UGCAUGCACACACGAUUGCUCCUUUCAUUAUCCUAGCUGGCUAGUUAGUUAGAAUUUGCAGCUGUAUUGCAUGAGUGCGUGAGUGUUUAUAUACCUCUUGCUGUACUCUUUUUUUUAUCAGAAGAUAAUGAGAGAAAAGUUUCUUUUCCACUUUUCGGUUCUAGCUUUUUCUUACUUUUCCAACAUGGUAUCCAGAGCAUAAACCUUCCGCUGUUUUCCGAUCUGUUUUCCGAUGGCCCCUAAGCCGCAAUUUCCUCCAGUUCCACCACAUGAAGAUCAGUCCAGCCCCUAUUAUUUGUCCAGCAGUGACAAUCCUGGUGUGCAGCUGGUCACACAACAACUCAACGGAUCCAAUUAUGUGAAUUGGAAUCGCUCCAUGAUGACGGCACUAAUGGCGAAGAACAAACUUGCGUUUGUUGAUGGUACCAUCGAUCGACCGCAUCCGACUGAAGCGAUCUAUUCUCAGUGGCUCCGAUGCAAUAGCAUGGUUGUUUCAUGGUUGCGCAACUCUGUCGUGCCUGAUAUUAGCUCAAGUCUUAUGUAUCUCGAUAAUGCUUCUCUAAUUUGGAACGAUUUGAAAGAUCGCUUUGCUCAAGGGAAUGUUGCUCGAGUUUAUCAACUCAAACAACAACUUCUCACCCUAAAGCAGGGGUCUGAUGAUGUAGGAGCUUACUAUACCAAGCUCCGCAUUCUCUGGGAUGAAUACAAGGAUUUUCAGCCCUCACGUUGGUGCACUUGCGAUACUUGUCGAUGCCAUAGCUCGCGCAAAUGGUGUGAAUUCCAGAUGCAAGAGUGCUCAAUGCAAUUUCUCAUUGGAUUAAGUUCUGUUUAUUCGCAGAUUCGAUCUCAGAUUAUCUCUUCUCUUCCUUUUCCUUCCUUGUCAAAGAUUUUUGCAUUGGUUCUUCAGGAAGAGAGGCAGAGGUCUAUUGAUUCUGUAUCAACUCUUGUAUCAACUCCAGCACCUCCUAUUAUCAGUGAAAUGCCUGGAUCUAUAAUUAAUGCAGCAGGUAUUGGUCGUGGCAAAGGAGGUAAGGGCAAGUUUCUUUGUACUAACUGUGGAAAAACUAACCAUACAGUGGAUAAGUGCUUUGAGAUCAUAGGCUAUCCACCAGGAUAUGGCAAAGGCAAAGGGAAAUCUACUGGUUUUUCUUCUAAUGGUGCUCGAUCUGUGAAUCAGCUGAGUGCUGCUGAUAAUACACCUUCACAUCAGAGCACUACUUUAUCUACUGCAGAUAUGGCUCAGAUGAUAUCCUAUUUGCAAAGUCAGAUGCAAGUAGCUGGAUCUAUGACUACUUCCGCUCCUACUAUGAAUGAUGUGAAGACUCAUGGUCAUAACUCCACCUCUGCUGGUGCAAGUCCUCCAUUCAGUGGGAGCUUCUCAGGGGAUUGUGAUUGGGAAGGGUAGCAGAGUGGGCAAUCUCUAUGUGUUAGAUGCUUCUUCAGUUUCUGCAAAUCCACCAGUCCAUACUCCUUCUCCUCCAGUGUCCAAUAUGGUGUCAACUGAUACAUGGCAUCAUAGAUUAGGGCAUUUAUCUUUUAGUAAACUCCAGUUGUUGUCUAAAACUUUAUCUCUUUCCAAUUGUAAAAAUACUCUUUGUGAGAUUUGUCCAUUGGCUAAACAAAAGCGUUU